AACAAUAUGAGUGGUUUACUAUUGCACCUGCUCAAUUUAAUGUCCUACAUUUUUUACAUUAAAUUGCAGAUAUGAAGAUAGAUCAUGUGAAAUGGAAUCGGAAUGCGUCGCUGGUUUAUGCUGUUGGUGUUUGGACCAUGCUUGGUUACGCAUAUUACAAAUACACGCUCGGAGACGACAAAGAUAAAGUUGAAAAUGUCGUCGAAGACAACAGACCUAAUGUGAAGAUAUAUGAAACAAAGCACACUCGGACCACAAUUAUCUAUAAGGAUGAUUCUGUGCCAUAUACCACAAUGCUUUUAAACUUCAUCAGAUCUUCUUAUGAAGGGUCUACAGAGAGUCAAAAACAAGAAGAAGCAGAAGAGAAAUGAGCUGACUGUUUGCUUGUGUGUCUUUCUGAAGAAAAUAUUAACUGUCAUAUUUUAAGAUUAAAUUAAAAAGCAAAAUAAAUGUUUUGGGACACUGAA